AUGAAAAAUAAGGUGAAUAAACAAAAUGGAAUUGUGAAAAAACAAUUAAGUGAUUACAAUAAUUUGUUGAAGAUUCGUGUUUGUUUACAGAAACUUAAUUCCUGCAUACAGCUAUGGCCUCAUCCUUAUUUACACAAUUUGGCAACCCAAAAUUUACCCAGCGAACACAGUAACACUCUAAAUCAAAUUAGAGACAAUUUUUUACAGCUCAGUAAAUUAUUUUUUUUAAAACUAUCGAGAACAGGAUCCAUUUCUCUCAACCAGGAUUUAUUCCAAAAUUUCGACUACUUGCCCAAAAGAAGGCCGGCCUUACUCGAUAGGCUGGAUUACUUGAAUGAUAUAACCAACUUCAACGUUAACAGAUCGUUCAAAGUCAUAAACAAUAACAUUUCGACGCAGAUAAAGUUCUUUCACGAGAACCCUGAUAAAUUUAUAAAGAAAUCGCACAUACUGAACCUGCCGAACAACAUAGUUGGCUACGAUUUUUUGACAAGACACUUCGGAGCAGAUCAAUCUAAAAAACUGCACAUAGAAGAAAUAUAUAACGACCAGGUGUUUUACGUCAAGUUGUUGAACUACUUGAUACAAAACGACAGCACAUCGGAUGUGGACCUGAAGAGUGAAGAGUCCCUAAUAAAGAAUAACCAGCAAGAUAAGCAGAGGCUAUCUCUGAAUAAAACGUCGAAGGGAAGGAAGGUUAAGUACACACUGAUAGAGAAGCUCGAAAACUUCGUGGAACGUACCACCAAUAAGAGCUUCACGUCGCCAGACUUCACCAAUUUAUUAAUCAAUUCACUGUUCAAGUCGUAG